UUUUUCUCCUUCCAGGUGGCCAGGAUGAAAAUACAACAGCCAUGCUCGAAAGACAUUGCUAAGCCCAGCACUGGUCUGCAGUGGCAAAGGUUCAGCCCAUGGCUUUUCUACCUGAAUAAUCUCUUAUUGGCAAUUGGCUAUGUAACUCUGCUGCUUUACGCCCUCAUCUGGAAAGCUGGGAAUAUUGUGGACUCUCCCACCAGAAAAAUUGGCUUUUACAACUUCUGCUGGUGGGACCAGGAAGCAGAAAAACUGGAAUGCUUCAAGAACUUGGAGAAGGUGGGCAUCAACAGUGUUGCGCUGGUGUUGUCAAGGAUCUGUGUAUAUUCUACGCCAGUCUUGUGCCUCUUUGUUGCCACUAUAGUUUUGCAAGCCAUGUGCUUGAAAGACAGAGAUGGAUUCAAACUGGCCUGCAUCUUUUUGGCCAUUGGCAGCUUGAUGUUGCCCGUUGGUGUCGCUUUGUUCAUCUUCCACACUGAGCCAUGGAUAAGGGUCUCUGAAUUUGGCGAGGUUUUUGUAGCCCUAGCUGGGGCUCACAUUUUGAUGCUACUCCACUUGAUCUUUAUUGUCCUGUUCCUUGCACAUUGCAAGCAUGCUCUACCCAAAGGACAAAUCUUUCCUGUGUAAAUAUGUGAAGUUCCUGCCUGGGAUACCAAAUGCUGUAGUGGAUUUAAAAGAUCAGUGGAUCCAUUGACCCUGAUGCCUUUCCAAGCCCUCACAUGAACGAUGAGCAUGUUGGGGGGAAGAGUUGGCAUUCCUAACACACAGAUAUUUCUCUCUCUAUCUUAUUAAGUGCCGGGGGAGGGAGGGAGAGAUUGCAUGAUUGGUGCCUUCUUCAAUCAAGCACUCAUUUAGGUGUGAUCAAUACAUGGCUCUCUAAAAGUCAGCAGUAGCUAACUGCUGCUUGGCAGUGUUGAAAUUUUGCUGGGCAUCCAAACUGUUUAGGGGAAAAAAUAUUGAUAGAAGAUAAGCUAGUAGUACAGGUAUCUCACAAGUCAUGGUUUGACUUACAAGCCUAGUCAUUAUUUGUGUUCAUCAAUUGCCCCAUCCUCUGCCAUAUGCAGAGGAGCAGUUUUCUCAUCUGUGCUGAGAUUUAGAGAAAGUAAAGUACAGCAUGAGUCACUCACUGCUUUGAAGAGACUUAUCCUGCUGCUUCUUUUCUCCAAACUCGUGUAAUGCGAGCAAAAACUUGAGGACGGAGUGACCCUCAUCAGAGGAAGAGGCAUCUUCAUCCCUGCUGAGACUACCACUGUAGCAUGCUGUUCUACCACUACCAUGCUAAUGUUGCACAAGUUUUGGGUUUUGUUUUUUGGGGG